UGAGUCGGAGUUCGCCCGGAGCCAGCGCGGGGCCAGGGGGCCCGCCCCGUCCGCCUCUCGGCCCCGGACGGCCCGGCGGGGAGGCGCCCAUGCGGGACGGCGCAGCGCGGUGAGGGCGCGCGCGGGCGGGCGGGGGCACAGCCGGCACCAUGUCCAUGCUGCCCACCUUCGGCUUCACGCAGGAGCAAGUGGCGUGCGUGUGCGAGGUGCUGCAGCAGGGCGGCAACAUCGAGCGGCUGGGCCGCUUCCUGUGGUCGCUGCCCGCCUGCGAGCACCUCCACAAGAAUGAAAGCGUGCUCAAAGCCAAGGCGGUGGUGGCCUUCCACCGCGGCAACUUCCGGGAGCUCUACAAGAUCCUGGAGAGCCACCAGUUCUCGCCGCACAACCACGCCAAACUGCAGCAGCUGUGGCUCAAAGCGCACUACAUCGAGGCGGAGAAGCUGCGCGGCCGGCCCCUGGGCGCUGUGGGCAAAUACCGCGUGCGCCGCAAGUUUCCGCUGCCGCGCUCCAUCUGGGACGGCGAGGAGACCAGCUACUGCUUCAAGGAAAAGAGUCGCAGCGUGCUGCGCGAGUGGUACGCGCAUAACCCCUACCCCUCACCGCGCGAGAAGCGCGAGCUGGCGGAGGCCACGGGCCUCACCACCACGCAGGUCAGCAACUGGUUUAAGAACCGGCGGCAGCGCGACCGGGCAGCCGAGGCCAAAGAAAGGUACGAGGAGAACAGCGAGAACGCCAACUCCAACAGCCACAACCCGCUGGCUGCGACGCUGAACGGCAGCGGCAAGUCGGUGCUAGGCAGCUCGGAGGACGAGAAAACGCCGUCGGGGACGCCAGACCACUCGUCGUCCAGCCCCGCGCUGCUGCUCAGCCCGCCGCCGCCCCCCGGGCUGCCGUCCCUGCACAGCCUGGGCCACCCUCCGGGCCCCAGCGCGGUGCCGGUGCCCGUGCCGGGCGGAGGCGGCGCGGACCCGCUGCAGCACCACCAUGGCCUGCAGGACUCCAUCCUCAACCCCAUGUCGGCCAACCUCGUGGACCUGGGGUCCUAGAGCCCCGCCUGCCUUGACGUGCUCGCCUCGCCGGCUUGGCGCCGGGGACCUGAGAGACGGUGUCAGAGGGCGCCCUGCGGCCGGCGGGCCCCACCGGGUACUGAAAGACCCGCGCGCUGAGCGGGCAGAACCGCCGGCCCAGGCAGGGUGGAUGGCUCUUUGGUUUGGCCUUUGUCCGGGAUUUAUUUUCAACAAGUUGCUUCGGAGGUCGUUUGGAGGCCUGGGACCCGGCCUUGAACCAGGGAAGGGAAUAAAUUAUACACCAUGCUCACACUCUCUCCCUACCUUCUCACCGCUUCCUUGCUCUUCCCUUCCCUUCCCUUCCUUGCUCUUAUUUCCAGGUCCUUUUCCUUCCCUCUCUCUGGUCCUUUCCCCCUUUCCCUGCCCCUCUCUCUAUAUUUCUGGCUUGUCAAUUCUCGCUAAGUUUCCGUUUCUCUUUUUCUCCGUUUUUCCGGUUCUCCUCUCGCCAGCCUCUCGCACUCCUGGCCCCUGGGUCCGUAUCCCUCAGCUUCUCUCCUCCUGCCUGGACGUCUGUUUGCGCCCUCCUCCCCCACUGCCCUGGCCUGGAAGUAGGAGGGGGAAGAGCAGAGGAACCCGGCCUUCUCCGGAGGCCCUCCGCGGGGUUCGGCGUGUCGCAGGUGUCCGCUGUGCGCCUAGUAACUUAAGUGAAAGAGAAAGGACCACGGCGCGGAGGCCUCUGCACGCGCCCUUGCCGCUUGCCUCUCUCUCUCUCUCUCUCUCUCUCUCUCUCUCUCCCUCCCUCCCUCCCUCUCCCCAUGAGGCCCGCCACCCUCUCCCCUCUUCCUCCCGGACUGUGGCCACAGUGCCCCCGGCAGAGUGCGCCUCCCGAGCCGCGGACUUGCCGUCUCCCUGUUAAGUCCUCAUGUGAAUGUUCUUCGGGAAAUAUUUCUGCUUUUAUUUUAUAAUAAAAUUAGAAAUCAUAAAUAUAUAUAUGGAUCUAUACCAUGAGGCCCACGAGCCGGGAGUGCAGCAGUGUCUGAUUUCCCUACAGGGACUGGACACCCUGGGGGGACCGCUCUGGGCAGCGGUGUCCCAUGAGCCCCAGGAACCGGGAGCCGCCUUCCCACAUACACGAUGUGUAUCAGCCCUCAGGUGAAGGGACUGAAAACUCGAAACCCGCGUCCCCCGCCCCCAAAGCUCACUGUCCCUCCUCUGGUCCGGAAGGCUCCCUUUAAAAGCGGGGAGGGGGUGGCCUGCUCCUCUUGGGGUCUCUUCUCCUUCCGCCAGCGGAGCAGGGCCCUCACCCUCCUUUUUCUUCAUUUUGGGGAUGGGAGUAAGAAAAGAGAAGCUGUUUGCCGAACAGCGCGUUGUUGGUGUGUUUGGAGACGCCAACGCUGGGGAACAAAUCAGGCCACGGAGGUUUCCUUCCUUAGUGGUAGUCACAGUCCCCAGAACCUGGUGGGACGCCCUGGGCAGAUUCCCUGGCCCCAAGGGCAGCCGCUGAGCCAGCCGCAAAGCCCACGUCGUGCGUGUGGACGUGGAGCAAAGGUCUCCACGCUUAGAAAUCUGUCGUUUGGGAAAGGCGAUGAAAGGAUAGGGGAGAAGGGAGGCCCGAGGAGACUAGGGGAGGCCGGCCCGCGGGCGCAUGUUCUACAUCGGAGCAAGGGGGCGCCAGGGCUUGGCCGGUGAGACCGAGGGGGCGCCUCUGCGCCGUGCACAGUAGUACGUGCCUCGGUAGCGGUAAAUUAACCUGCAGCACCCUCUCCCUUCUUGGGGAACCAGUCCCACCUCUCCCCCCAAAUUAAGCGACCCGUCUAAGCCUAUCCAGGCAGAUCCGAAGCAUGCUGGACUCCUCCAGGAGGCAGUUGUGGCUUUUCCAUCUCAAGUCGGGGCGGCUGUGAUUACCGAACAUGUUCCUCCUCCACUACCAGACCCCGCCACCCGGACCCCAAGGGAAACAGGGAAUAAGGCGCUCUUCCGACGAGGAGAUCCUAGAGUGUGGCGACCUCUCUGGGGACUUUCCUUUCUGAUGAAAUGAGCGCUCAAGGACCCUUUCUCGCGGAUUUCCUAAGUACGGAGGAUUCCUUCCCGACCGAGACUCACGCAGACGCGGACAUCUGGGCAGGCUCACUGGGUGCGUGCGGAGGCUACACCUUGGUCUUUGCCCUGUGCGGGCCUGGAGGUCAAAGGAAUCGCCAGCAGGCUAAGACUGCUUUUCAGGGCCCAGCCCCGAACCCCAAGAGGAACUCCAGCCCUGGCAGAUCCUUCAGCCUCUCCUGGAGGCUCUACUCUAGGGGACAACUCAGGUCCCCUCUGGCCCAGAUCUGUGCCUAUAAGGGCCCCAGCGGCCUGACCUUCACUGACUGGUGGAGUGUAGAGGCAGCUAUGGCCUUGGGGACCAGAGCCAUUCAAGCGACCUGAGAAGCCACCUUGAGCCAGCAGAGCUGACCCACCAGCCACCCACCCCCCUCUUACUUCUGGGAAGG